UGGAAUCAGCCAAUCAGAUUGAUCCCUUUCGGACCGGAAGCUGUGUUGUUUACAUUUUCUAAGAUGGCGGCGGGGAUGUAUUUGGAGCAUUAUUUGGACAGCAUCGAAAACUUGCCCUUCGAGUUGCAGAGAAACUUCAAUUUGAUGAGGGAUCUAGAUCAGCGCACAGAGGAUCUAAAGGGACAGAUUGACUCUCUGGCUAAAGAGUAUACAGCCAAUGCACGGACUCUAUCCUCGGAACAAAAACUGUCCAUACUCCGGCAGAUUCAGCAGUCUUACAGUAAAUGCAAAGAGUUUGGAGAUGAUAAAGUGCAACUUGCCAUGCAGACCUAUGAGAUGGUCGACAAACACAUCAGACGCCUCGACACAGACCUGGCUCGGUUUGAGGCCGACCUCAAGGAAAAGCAGAUCGAGAGCACGGACUAUGAUUCCACCUCCAGCAAGGGGAAGAAAGUUGAAACCAGGCAGAAGGAAAAGAAGACUGCUAAAACAAGGUCUAAAGUGAAGAGCUCAGAUGAAGACGGCAGUCCUAAGAGUGCACAGAAGAAAGUGAAACUCCUUCAACCAGGCGAAUUCAACAGCCCUGCCAACAACUUUGGGAAUGUGCACCCAUCUGAUGUGCUGGACAUGCCCGUGGACCCCAACGAACCCACCUACUGUCUGUGUCAUCAGGUCUCCUACGGCGAGAUGAUCGGCUGCGACAACACUGAUUGCUCCAUUGAGUGGUUCCAUUUUGCAUGUGUGGGCCUAACAACUAAACCAAGGGGCAAAUGGUAUUGUCCACGAUGCUCCCAAGACAGAAAGAGAAAAUAGAAACACUUGAAAAUAAAACGUGGACACAGAACAGAUGGAAAAUGAGAAGAAUAUUUCUUAAUUUGUUACUAGAAUUUUUGUUUCUCAUUUUACUUAACAUUUGGUGCUUUUUAUUUUGGUUUACGUGAUUUGCCAUGGUCUGAUGCAGUGUGUGUGUGAAAGCCAAGUGAUCACAAUGUAUUUAAAAUUUGUUUUUUAGAAAAUUAACAUGUUUUUUGGUGCUCUGCUCUUAUUGUGAUUUGUUUCUUUUUUUACAUAUUGUUUCAUGAGUAAAUAAUAAACACUACAACGGCCCCCUGUGGUUUUACAGUUCUAAGUGUAACAAUACUUACUAUUAUAUUGACAUGUACCACAACAUCUUCUCUGCAAACGGUUAGGCUUGAUGUUUUUUUGCUUUUUAUGUAUAGUUAGUCUCUUGAGCCUAGCCUUGGAAACUCUAGUUUUAUUUUAAGUAUAACAAGAAGGCAAAAGAAGGACAGAUGCUGCAUCCCGACAGUAUUAGUCAUCUGGAUAGUGGGUUUCAUUUCAUUUUAACAUCUGAUUGAGUGCUGUAUAGAAAGUAAAACUUUUUGUGAAAAGUAUUGACAUUUCUGUAGCUGAAACAUUGGUACAAUGGAGAGGGGGUGAUUGUGUUGUCAAUCAUUUGAAUACAGCUACUACCUCAAAAAAACGUGCCUUUGUGA